AUGGAAAGUGCGCCUUCCAAAGAAACAAAGCUGGCUGUCUCUGCAAAGGUAAAAGUUCCCAAUUUGCAGGAGCAGCACGAAAUCUGGAAAAACAGAAAGAUUCUUUUUAGGCGCUUAAACAGCCCACACAUAAAAACUGCCAAAAAAGCCACUAGAAUAAUAGAAAAGUCACUAAAAGACGUUUAUUUGAGAGAGUAG